AUGACUAAUAACUGUGCAGGAGGAAUCUUUGAACUUAUCGAAGGAGCUGGGGGUCCACUUGUAAGCGCAGAAGAGCAAGCCUUUAAAUUUGCUGUGAAUAACAUUAACAGAAAUAGGACUUUGCUACCAAAUACUACAUUAACGUAUGACAUACAAAGGAUAAAUAUCUACGAUAGCUUUGAAGCGUCAAGGAAAGCCUGUGAUCAGCUGUCCUUAGGUGUAGUUGCAAUAUUUGGGCCAUCUCACAGCUCUUCAUCUAAUGCGGUUCAGUCCAUUUGUAACGCACUGGAAGUGCCGCACAUACAAGUGCGAUGGAAACACCAUCCAAUAGACAACAGGGACACUUUCUACGCCAAUCUGUAUCCAGACUACUCCUCGCUCAGUCUGGCCAUUCUGGAUCUUGUACAGUUUUUAAAAUGGAAGACUGCAACGGUUGUUUAUGAUGACAGCACUGGUCUUAUUAGACUACAGGAACUGAUAAUGGCCCCCUCCAGGUAUAACAUCCGGUUAAAAAUACGACAGCUGCCUCUGGACGACGACGCUAGGCCCCUGUUGAAGGAGAUGAAGAGGAGUCGCGAGUUCCGCAUUAUCUUCGACUGCAGUCACACAAUGGCAGCUCAGAUUCUAAAACAGGCUUUGGCGAUGGGGAUGAUGACAGAAUACUACCACUACAUCUUUACAACUUUGGACCUUUAUGCGCUUGACUUGGAGCCGUAUCAUUACUGUGGAGUUAAUAUGACUGGGUUCCGGAUUUUGAAUACAGAAAAUCCUCAUGUAGCCUCAGUGGUGGAGAAAUGGUCUAUGGAGCGUGUUCAAGUAGCACCGAAGCCUGAAUCAGGUCUUCUAGAUGGCAUUAUGACGACAGAUGCUGCUCUUACAUACGAUGCUGUUCAUAUUGUGUCGGUUUCCUAUCAGAGAGCCCCUCAGAUGACCGUCAACUCUUUGCAGUGUCACCGGCACAAGCCCUGGAGGUUCGGUGGACGCUUUAUGAAUUUUAUCAAAGAGGCUCAAUGGGAAGGAUUAACUGGGCGGAUGGUUUUCAACAAGACCAGCGGGCUGCGGACAGAGUUUGAUUUGGAUAUCAUCAGUCUGAAGGAAGAUGGGCUGGAAAAGAUCGGAACGUGGAACCCCACAGACGGCCUGAAUGUUACCGAGGUUUCAAGGGGGAAAGGGGUGAACAUCACCGACUCGCUCUCUAACCGAUCGCUUGUUGUUACUACAAUUCUGGAGGAACCAUAUGUCAUGUUUAAGAAGUCUGACAAGGCACUUUCUGGUAAUGACCGAUUUGAGGGGUUUUGUAUUGACCUUCUGAAAGAACUGGCGCAUAUCCUCGGAUUUAUGUACGAGAUUCGACUGGUGCCUGAUGGAAAAUACGGCGCGCAGGAUGAGAAGGGACAGUGGAACGGCAUGGUGAAAGAACUAAUAGACCAUAAAGCUGACCUUGCAGUUGCUCCUCUCACUAUUUCCUCUAUCCGGGAGAAGGUUAUUGACUUUUCCAAACCAUUCAUGACUCUGGGAAUAAGCAUUCUCUACAGGAAACCGAAUGGGACGAACAAUGGUGUUUUCUCCUUUCUGAAUCCAUUCUCUCCUGAUAUCUGGAUGUACAUCCUUCUAGCAUAUCUAGGUGUCAGCUGUGUUCUCUUUGUAAUAGCCAGGUUCAGCCCUUACGAGUGGUACGAUGCCCAUCCAUGCAAUCCUGGAUCUGACAUUGUCGAGAACAACUUCACUUUGCUGAACAGUUUUUGGUUUGGCAUUGGAUCGCUUAUGCAACAAGGUAAAGCUGCCUCUGUCAUUUCUUUCAACCUGCACCCCCAGAACAUUGUGCCUGAUGGCAGUAAUGUAUAAAAAAAACAAACAAAA